AUGAAACUUUCGGUGAUAUUCGUUUUAAUUCUUGUAAGUCGUGUUAAACUAGAAAGAACCAAUAACAAACCUCUCUUAAAGCUACCUAUUGGUGAAUACCGAAUCGACAUCAAAAAAAUUUAUAGUUGCAAUACGACGCGUCAAAAUAAUAUACAUAUAAACUAUUAUUUAAAUAAAACAUCUGAUAAUUCAAAGGAAAUUAAAGGAAAUGCAACACUAUUAAUGCCAUUUGAUGACAACCUUUCUAUGGAUGUUAAUUUUUCCAUCAGAGGGGCUGAUGGGGAUUGGAAAAACAAUACAUAUAUAUUCCAUGCAGAACAAGCAUAUACAACAUCAAAGAACAUUAUGAGUAAAAUUGAUACUAGUGGACUUGGAUUCAAUUUUAAAUACCCCAUACCCGUGGGCUGUUACAUUUCAACGGGUUUCAAUACAUCAAACUUGGAGAAUCUCAAUUAUAUCCCUAAGGAAUUUGCUUAUGGAUUAUAUAAGCUUCGCUAUAUUUUAACAGAUAAAAAACAUCAACAUUUUGGUUGUUUUGUAGUUAUAGUUCAAUUAAAACGACCUUCGGAAAUAAUUUGA